UAAUCUAAAAAAAAAUGGCAUAAUUAAGUUGUUUAGAUCAAAUGCAUAUGCAAAAUUAAUUGAAAUUGACGUAAAUCGAUACCGAAACAUAAAACCCCUUCUUCUUCUUCUUCUUCUUCUUCUUCUUCUUCUUCUUCUUUGUCUUCUUCUUCUUCUUCAAUACACACAUAUGAAUCAUUUAUAGUGAUUAUAAACGUCGUAUGAACAAUUUUCAGUGUUCUCCUCAUAACAUCGUGAGACGUUCUCAAGGAAAGAUCGUUACUUUGAUUUACUUUAAUUUCGAACGUUUUUCAAAUAUUUUCAUAAUUAUCGGUUAAUCAGUUUCGUUUAUAAUUGCAUACGCGUGUGUGUGUAUGUGUGUGUGUUUGUGUGCUUGUGUACGCAUGUAUGAAAAAUAAAAAAAGUUUAAUAUAUAUUUAAAAAAUUAAUAUAUAAUAUUGGCCUUUAGUUGGUUUGUUGAUGUUGGUUGUUAUUAUUAUUAUUAUUAUUAUUUGAUAAAAAUAACAAUGUCUACUACUAUAACAACUACUACUACUACUACUACUACUACUACGCCAGAAUCAUUGAGAAAACUUUCAACAGGAUUGAUUUUUUUAUGCAUACUUGGCACAAUUUUGUCAUAUUAUGCAUUCAUCGUAGAAACUACGAAGGAACGUGAUCAAUCUUAUGAAGCAUUGUGCGAUAUUAAUGAAUAUAUGAGUUGCAGUAGAGUAGUGACGUCCGGAUAUGGCAAAGGAUUAGGAUUAAUACCAAAUAAUUCUCUAUUUUAUUUUCCAAAUAGUUUAUAUGGUUUGGGAUUUUAUCUUUUAAUAGCUGGAUUGAGUAUGAUAAAUGAACAUUCUAGCGUGAUCACGAUUGUAUUUUUAGGAAUUUUAUCAAACAUCUGUUCGGUUUAUCUGGCAUACAUUUUAUAUUUAUUACGAAGUAUUUGUGUAAUUUGCAUAAGCACUUACAUCAUCAAUGCCUUUAUCUUAAUACUUGGUUUGAAAAAAUUACGAAUAUUGGGAGAAGAAGUUAUCAAAAAACCAACAAAGAAAAAAGUUCAAUAAUUUCAAAUCAAUGGAGGAUAAAAUGUAAUAAUAAUCAUUGAACC